UCGUGAUUCAUCUGCCAAUGACACUGAUGAAUAGUGAAUAAUUUAAGCCAAUCAAUUAAUGUGAGUUGAAAUUAUUACUACAGUAAAUGCAUGAAAUAAACUUCAAAUGUAAACUAUUAAUUUUGCUUUUCGAUCUUUGUGAUUAAAAUUAUAAUAUACGAGUCAAUGUCAUCUUCAGUAAGAUGAUUACUUGGUGAAACCCAAGUCAUUCUCAAUGUCUCAUGCUUAAGCUUCCACAUUUUUUAAGUCACUACCAAAUACCUAAAAUAUACAAAUGAUUUUUGCCUUCAAAGAUUGGCGAGGAACCGCCAUACAACGAGAUACAUGUCCGGCGGCGACGACGCUCUCGAAAGAAAAGAUGACACGCAAAAAUCCAGGUGCUGGAAUAGGAGCAUUCAGCACAAAAAUCCAUGUUUCUGAACAAAGCGCAAAUAUCAAUCUUCAUCUCAGUUGUGCUUGUGAUAUAGAUAGAUCCCGAGGAUUUAAUGACUAUAGAACUAUUUGUGUAAUUGGAAAUUUAAGAAUAAACUUAGUAGUUGUCGAAUAUGUAAAUAAAGGAAAAAUUAAUGUGAAAAGAAUUAAAGAAAUUACAUGUUGA